AUGUCUUCCCCCAGACUCAUUCCUCUGUGGAAAGAUUUUAAAUACUGCGUAAAUGAAAUUGUACACAAUAGCAAGCAAUCUGUAGAUGAACCAAAGAAAAACCUAGUUGUGCUGAGUGACCAGUCCCAGAUAUUGUUCGAAGAGUCUCGCUAUCCUCAAAAUAUGCCACUUAUAUGCCAUUACUACAGUGACGCCUACUUCUUUGCCUCCCUCUCUUGGGCGACACCACACACAAAAGAAAUACAGGCUGUCGUAUGGAUGAUGGGCAAAACUGAUGACAUGGUCGAGAAGAGAACAUUCUCCAUGACUGAACGACUACCGCCCAUUCAGUCCAUGGUCCACACGGGUUCCUUUCAUAUCAUCGUGGCUUACUGUAGUGACAUGAUUCUGCGGCUCUUUGGGGACCACUUUCGGGCAUUCAAACCCCUAGGUAUAGUGCCAUGCCGCUUCAACAUCAGCUGCCUCUGCUAUGACCCGGAAAUGGAAAUGCUCUUGUCUGGCACCCUGGGGGCAGUGGUCACCUGGGUCAUUGAGCACGGUGGCAAGGGCCUCCAAAUCGUCCACGUGGUUUCCAUGCCUGGGGAGGAGCUUGUCCAGGACAUCAUGCUGAAUGGCCCCCACGGCUCCCUCCUAGCCCUGUGCGAGACCGUGGUGAGGGUCCUCGAGCGCGAGGGCCAGGGCCGGCUGGGAGAGGUAAAGAGGUUCAUUUCCACCAGCAGCGGCUCCCCCAUCACCUGCUGCUUCACCUGCUCUGAUCAGGGCUUUCUCUAUGCUGGAAACCAGGCUGGGGAAAUCCAAGUAUGGAGCCUCGUUCAAGGCCAGUCUCUCCACAGCUUCAAGGCUCAUCGCUCAGCAGUGAUAUGUAUCCGCAGCCGGCCAGAGGCCCACACGCUGCUGACGGCUGGCAGUGAAGGCAUCAUCAAGGAGUGGAACCUUACUUCCGGGAACCUGCUUCGGCGGCUAGAACUUGGCGAGGAGCUGUAUAGACUCCAGUUUGUUGAUGAUGUUACUUUCUUCUCCCAAACCACCCACAGUUUUUCCUUGCGCCGUCUGCCCUGCUUCUAUAGCCUCUUCAACAUCUGCGGUUCUGCUCCUCAGCAGGUGCGUCGGGUCCGCUGUGGAGACAACUGCUUCCGGAUCCUGUGCGCUACUGAGGAUGGCUUGUUGCGCUUUUUGUCCCCAUUAACAGGGGAUCUUCUGAUUCUUACCUGGCCCUUCUCAGUGCUGGACAAGGCUGUGGAUUGGGCCUAUGACCCAGGUAGAGAGGAGCUCUUUGUAGCAACAGGCAGCUCAGAGGUGCUGGUGUUUGACACAGCCCGCUGCCCUUGCCCAGCCAAGUACCUCUUACGCACCUCGCCAGAUCCUCAGGACUUUGUACAAUGUCUGGCUUAUGGGCAUUUCCACCUGGGGCGGGGUCUAGAAGGACUGAUGUUCUCUGGACACCAGAGUGGUAUAAUCAGAGUGCUUUCCCAGCACAGCUGUGCCCGAAUAGAGAGACUCAUGCACUCUGGGGCUGUGCUGGCACUCUCUACGCCAUCUGGAGGGCUUUUCGGGGGCCGAGCAAACUCUUUCCUCUGUUCCUAUGGAAUGGAUGACUAUAUACACCUGUCAGAAGCUGUGCUCGAGAGGGUCAGAGUACAGCUACGGCCCCUCGCCAGCAUUCUCAGCAGCUGUCACCUCAACCACCUGAGGCUUUUGCCCAAGUCUGUUUGUGCCAUCACAGAGACUAACUGCCUGCGUCUCUGGAAGUUCCAGGAUUUUCUGUCCUCUGAGUUUCAGAAUGGCUCGACAUUCAUAGAAACAUUGCCUCUGCACCAGUGUGCCAUCACAUCCUUUGAUGUCUGUCUGUCCUUGAAUCUUUUUGUCACAGGUGCUGUUGAUGGCACCGUCCGGGUCUGGGACUUCCAUGGUAGACUCAUAGCCAUGCUGGACUCAUCAGUGCACUUUGGCCCACUCUGUUUUGCAAAUGACCGGGGUGAUCUGCUUGUGACUUUCAACCAGAGUCUUUAUCUGGUUUCCUCUUUGAAACUGUUUCCUCCAAACCUACUAGCUCGCCUUUCCUUUGUGAGUAUAACAGAUGAAGCACUAGAAGUCCCUAAGCCCUUCAUACCAAGCUUCUUCUUUUCCUUUGAGACCAUAUUUGUGCCCAAGUAUAUUUACCCAGGGCAUGGGCAACAGGAAUUAGUGGGUCUGGUGAGCCUUGUCAAUAACCGGGCCAUUGCCUUUGACCAUUCUGUGCCACAUGUCAUAGAAGAAGAUGAGGAAGGGAGUCCAGUAGUACUGUCUACCCCCACAUGUGAUUAUUUUCAGGAGGCAGAAGCUGAUUGGAAGCAGAUGAGAAAACCUUACCAACCCCAUUAUGUGAUUCCUCCCCAGCUGGAGAUAACUAGCUGGGACGGACUCAACCCCUAUCAGAUAUUGCGAUGCUACUUUGGUCAGGGGCGGGAAUGGCUCCUUGCCCCUGAUUGCUAUAUCCCCAACUCAGUGAUUCGUGCCCGUCUUUGGCCAGAGGGCAGCCCGAUAUACCUGCAGUGCAGCCUGCACUCACCCCAGCGGGAAGUGGAAUGGAACAAGUCUCAAUUUUUCUUCUGGCACAGCAGGGUAAGACGUAUGAGUGAUAAAGGAGAACCCUCAAAGGAGAAGGAGGAUGCAGACUUCCUAGAAAUGAGACUAUCCAAGGAUGUAACCUAUGGCGUCAUUACAGAUGGAGCAAACCGAAGUUGGCUGGGAAGAAAGAUGAGUGAACUAGCUGUUAAUAGCCUGAUUGAGACAAUCCUCAAUAUUAUGAUUCAUGCUUCUCCCCUGAAGUUCCAAUGCUGUGUUGGUGCCCUAGGGCAAAUCUUUGCCUCUUACCAGGUGUCUCCAUCCCUGCGCUCUGAGACAGCCCGUCGUCUGCUGGACGAGACAACCAAUUCUAACCCACUGAUCCGAGAACUAGCCUGGGAAGGGCUGAAGCGUCUAGGAAUGAUUACUCAUCUCUUUGCCAUGCCUCUGGCCCAAGGAUUAAUGGACAAGGACCAAAGAGUGAGGAAUAAGACCUUGAACCUCAUGGCUGAUAUUGGAAUCCACUCGAAGACCUCACUCUUAGAGUUGAUCCAGAAACGAGAGGUUUUCCGAGAGAUGCAGCAGGAGAUGAUUGGGGAGGAAACCUUGGACCACAUCCUGGGGAUGCGGCCCACAGAUCUCCAGAUCCUUCACACACAAGUGGAGCAGCGACUGAAUGAGGACCUGACCUUGUCACAUGGAGACCAAAAGCCUGCUUUUUCUUUAGAUGUAUCAUCCUUUUCCAUACAUCCUCCCCAAGUUUCUGAAGAAACCGAAGUGGCCACCAAGCACAGCAAAGGCCACAGACGGGGCCGAGCAGGGGGCAAAAAGCAGACCCGAAAAUCGUUGCGGGUUCUCAAGACGAAAGAGGGAGUCCCAGAGGCGGGUCCCAUAGAGGGUGAAGGCGAUGAGAGUGAAGCUGUACCAAUUGACAUGGAGGAAACAUCCAUCCCUUCCAGGUCUUCAAUUAGCAGCAUCAUCAAGGUGUCAAAAGAUGCUGAGGCUCAAGAGAAAGAUGUCUCAAAGGAUCACUAUGCGUUGGAGAUGCUAAGGAGAAUACGGGACAAAAGAGGCAAGAAAGGAAAAGCUCAGAAACCCCUAAAGAGUCACAAGAAGAAGAGAAAAGAAGCCCAAGUUAUAACUGCGGAAACUCCGCCUCCUAGGCAGGAAGAACCAGUUAUUUCAGAGGUUAAAAUCAAAGGGCGAGGUGCCGCUGGAGAGCCUGGCCGCAGGGCUACCCGUGGAGAUGGCUCAUCAUGGCGGGAUGAUCUGUGUCGUCUUAUGACCCUGAGGAUAUCUGGUUCCCAAACAAAAAUGUCACAAGAUUUAAACAAUGAGCUAGUGACUGUAGCUAAGGAGAUGCUAGUAGAUCGGCACCCCAGCUGGGAACUCUUUCAGGAGAUCUGUCCCCUGUUGAAGGAAGAAAGCCAGGUUUCUUUUGAGGACCUUGAUUGGGAUGUAGUCUGGCCAGAGGAAAAACCAAUUUUUAUCCAUGAAGAAGCAAUUAGAGAGGACAUGGUGAUCAGAGACAUGGAAGAGUUACGAGAGGCACAAGAACAAGUGCAAAAAGAAGAAAGAGGCGUGCAGGACUUGGAGGCAACCCAAGUGAUUCCGAAAAAAGGCAAGAAAAAGAAAGUGAUUUUUUUAGAACCAGGUGACCUAACCAAGAGAAAACGAAUAUCAAAGAAAGAAGAGAAGAAAUCCUUUAAGAAGUCACCUAAGCAAGAAAGGAAAGCACUCCAGCAAGAAAGAAAAAUGGACAAAAAAGACAAGGAAAUUACCAAAGAAGAGAAGGAUAUGAGUGAGAAAGUGAAGGAAAUGGCCAAACCAAAGGAGAAAGUGGUUGAGCAAGAAGUACAACCAGUUAUGGUUGAGAGGAAGCUAUCUUGGCAGGACCGGAAAAAGUCCUGGGAUCAGUGGAAACAGGUUCAUGGUGAGACAAGAACAUCCUGGGAUGAAUGGAAGCAAACUUGGGAGAGUAAGCAUCUUCCGGAAUUGGAGAAACUACCCCAGGCUGAAGAGAAGCUACUCCAAGAUGGGGAAAUGCUGGAGGGAGACAAAAGGAAGCUGGAAUGGGGUGAAUGGAAACAGGCCUGGGAAAAUAUGUUGCCAUCAAAGGCCGAGGAGCAACUGUACAAGGAUCAGGAAGAAGUGACUCAAGAGGAGGAAGUGUCUCAGGAAGAAUGGGAAGAAAAAGAAGAGCUGGUCACAGAAGAGCAGAGACAGAUCCAGGAAGAUCAGAAACAGGCCAGAAUACAGAGGAAACGAGCCCGAGCUAAAAGAAAACGAGCCAAAGAAGAGAGGAAACUAGCACAAGAAGAAGAGAACCUUGCAAAAGAAGAGAGAGAACUGGCCCACGAAGAAAGAAAACUGGCCCAUGAAUAUGUGAAAGUGGUCCAGGGAGAUGGGAAAAUGGCCCAGGCAGAGAGGAAGUUUGCCCAGAAAGAGGAAAAAUUGGCCAAAAGAGGGGAGAAGCUAAGCUGGAAAGCAGAGAAAUUGGCCCACAAAAGGAAGAAACUGGCCAAGAAAUUGGAGAAAGUGGCUACAGAAGAAGAGAAAUUAGCAAUGAAAGGUGGGAAACUGGCAGAGAUAAAAACAAUAUUGGUCCAGAAAGUAGAAAAUCUGGCCCAGAAGGAACAAAAUCUGGACAGGCAAGAAAAGGAGCUGGCCCAGGAACUGGAGGAACUGGAAUGGGACAUAGAGGAACUGGCCUUGAAAGAAGAGGAACUGGAUCAGAAAAUGGAGAUACUGGUUGAGGAAAAGGAGAAACUGGCUCAGCAAGAAAAGACACUGGCCUGGCAAGAGAAAAAACUAGCUGAGGAAGAGAAAAAACUGGCCCAGGAAGAAGAACUGCUGAUCCAGGAAGAGGAGAAACUGGCCCAGGGCAAGGAAAAAAUGCCUGAGAAAGAGAAAAGACUGGCCCAGAAAAGGGAGCAAUUGAUUGAGAAAAAGGAGAAACUGGCCCAGGAAAGGGAAAUAUGGGUCCAGAACAACGAAGAACUCAUAAGGAACAAGAAGGCAGUGGCCCAGAUGGAGAAGAAUCUGGCUCAGGAAAAGAAGAAUCUGGCUCGGGAGAAGGAAAAACUGGCUCAUAGGAAAGUGAACCUCCUCUUUAGCAAAGAAAUAGUCACCAAGAAGAGAGAGCACUUAGUAAAAGUAAAGGAGAAAGUGGAGAUGUACAAGGAGAAAUUGGCUCAGAUAGAGGAGAAGCUGAGACAGGACAAGGAGACAGUGCUCCAGAAGAAGGAAAAACUGGCUGAUGCAGAGAAAAAACUGGUCCAAGCAGAGGAAAGUCUGGCUGAGCAACAGAAGAAAUUGGCCCAGGAAAGAAUGAAAUUAGCUAUGGAGAAGAAAGCAUUUUUCCAUGAAAGGAAACUUCUCCGAGGAGAGUUGGAUGUUGCUAAGGAAGAAGAGGCAUUGAACCUGGAAAUGAAGAAAUUGGCCCAAGAGAAGAUGAGACUGGGUGAGGGAAAGGAAACUCUUCCCAAGAGAAAGACUAAAGAAACUUUAAGACAGACAAAACUGACUAAGGAAGAAAUGGAACUAAUUAAGAGGAGGUUGUCACUACAGGAGAAGAUAUUGAUAUAUGAAGAUAGGAUAUUGGCCACAGAGGAAAGUAACAUUGCCAAAGGAAAAUUGGAAUGUACUAGAGGACAGAGAAUAUAUGCCCAGGAAGAAAGGAAGUUAGUCACAGCAAUAAGGAUGUUGGCUAAAAAAAAGGAGGGCAUUUCACAGGAACCAACAAAAAUGAACAAAAUCUUAAAGGCACUUCGAAAACUAAUCAGUGAUGAAAGGCAAUUAACCCAGGAAGAAAUAAAGAUGGCAAGGAUAAAGAGGUCACUCUUUGUUAAGGAAAACAAAUUGUACCAGGAACAGAGUAGACUUGAUAUCAAAGAGUGGGAUGUUUCUGAGGAACAAUCAGAUAUGACCAAAGAUGAGAAGAAACUGGCUUGGAAGCAGAGAAAACUGACCAAGGCAAUAAGAAGAAUGAUAAACAAAGAGGAAAAAAUGACUGAGGAAGAAAGCAGAUUGGCCAGGAAACAUAAUGAGGUCAUGAUACAGGAUGAAGAAGAAGAAGGAGUAGAAGAGGAAGAAGAGGUAAUCCCCUUUCUUAAACAAAGAGGGAGAAAAAGAAAAGAGGAAAAGAGAGUUGAUACACCAAAGGAAAAGUUUUCUAGUCAAUUGGAUGAGCUGGAAAGUGAUGAGUACUUUUCUGAAGAAAUGGAAAGCCUAUUAGAGGAACUAGAGCAAGAGAGUUUGUCUGAGGAGGCAGAAGAGGAGGAAGAGGAGGAAGAGAAAGAGGAGGAGGAGGAGGAGGAGGAAGAGGAGAAGGAGGAUGAGGAAGAGGAGGAGGAGGAGGAGAAGCAAAAGGAGAAAGAACAGAAGGAGAAGGAAAAGAGGAAGGAAAAGAAGAAGGAAAGGAAGAAGAAGGUAGUACAGGAGAAAGAGGAAGUGUUCAAGGAGAAGGAAGAAAGCAGGAGUGAGGAAGACAUGGAAAGUUUGAGUGAGGAGGAAGAGGAGAGAAGCUCAUUGGAAGAAGAGGUGGACAGGGAAAAAGAGAUCCUAAAAAAAGAAAAACAAUUUAAGUUACAAGAAGAAAGAAUAAAGAGCCCAAGAGGAAGGGAAAUAGUCCCUUCCAUUGGACAAGGAGUUUCUCAUAUCAAAGGCAGUACUAUGAAACUGGGACUUAUAAAAAGCCCUUUUAAGAAACUGAUUUCAGUGUCUCUGAAGAUGCAAAGGAAGAUACCAGUGCCAGUGUCAACACUGGUGCCAGUGAAAGAAGUAUCCUUGGAAGAUGACAAGGCCAUAGCACUUGAGAGGUCCAGGAAAUUGUCAAGGGCAAGGCUUAUGGAUAAAAAAAGAGAACUGUUGGAGAAAUUUAAGUCCAUAUCUCUACAUGUUCCAGAUAUACCUCCGGAGUCCCAGGAACAGGACUUAAAGACCCCAUUCAUAUCCCACAUAUUUAGAAAGACCAUGGAAGCUCAGAAAUUCCAACGCAAAACACCACGUGCCCGGUGGAAGUGGUUUCUGGAGCAUCAUCCACCUCUGAGAAGAAAGCCUAAGGUACAAUUACCUCCCUCCCAAAUCCUGGCUGAGGAACAACAUCGAGAUGUAAGCCUUUCAGAUGUAAAGUGGAUCCACCACGUCCUAGAACGGAUGGAAGCAGGACAACAGCCUUCCAGGGAUAGUUUCCACAGAUUGUGUCAGCUCCUCAAAGACCUCACCUCAAAGGAAAACUUAGAUUGGCUGCAUCUGGCCAAACUUGAAGCCAUUGUGUACCGUCACAGGCAGGCCCUGGAGUCACAAAGUACAAGGAUCUCAAAACCCAGUAAGGAGGCCAUGAGUCCAAAAUACCUGAAAGUGAUUCCUCCUAUAAAAGGAAAGGAAAAGGAGAGUUGGCUAAAACCUUUGGCUAUCCCCACACCCAAGUCCCCAAUAGCUACCAAAAGAAUUCCAGACCCAAAGGCUAUAAACUGGCAUCUUCUAGGAGAGCCUCACAGAAGUGAGCGAGCACAGCAGAUAUCUACCGCUCUCAAAGAGAUGGAAAUACAAAACCUUUAUCCUGCCACAAGAGACAUUUUUCCAGGUGCCCAUGCCUCUGUGGAAAAACAAACCCUAGCACUGAUGUUUCAAAAGGAUUUCUGGGAUUUUAAGGAUAAGGGCAGGUUUCCCAAAUUGCCCAAGUUAGAGAAGAAGACACAGCGCAUCUCUAAAAAAAAGGAAGACGUUCCUCUAUGGGAGACAUUUGUGGCACUGUACCAUGUUUUGCGGACGCUGCAGCAGCGAUAUGCAAAAGACAGCGCUGCUUGGAUGGAACAGUUCUACCAGCUCAUGGACUUGUACCGACUUAAGUCCCCCCGAAUCCAGAGGCUGCUACAGGAGCUGCUAAUGAGAGAGAAACCUCAACCCCAAGAGAUUAUCUACAAAGAGGCCCUAAAGGCCACAGAGCUAGUUCCUGGGGAGCGAUUGUUCCACUGCCUGUUUUGUGGUGGCUCUCAUACACCUAGAAGCACUCAGGUGUUCCAGGAUGUGGUACCCCUCCCUGGGAAGAACAAUGUGCGCACCAUCCUUCCCAUAGGCAUUGCCCAGUAUGGGAUCUUAGAACUUGCCUGGAAAAGCCUGCCUCAAGCUGAUAUUCAUCUCACCAAGAAAUUGCCCCACAAUGUUGCUCCUGCUCCCUAAUCUGGGACUGACUAGAGGUUAAGACUUGUCAUUCUCAACUGGCAAAAGGCCUGGUCACCAAAAUCUAGACCUUC